AUGGCGGGCUUUGGGCGAUCAAACUCGCUGAGUAUCAAUACUGGCGGUGGUGGUGGUCUCUUUGGCAACAAUGCAAACCAAGGCCAGCAGGCCAGCCAGCCCCAGAGCAGCGGCGGGCUCUUUGGGUCUGCCCAACAACCGCAACAAGCACAGUCGGGCUCGCUCUUCGGCGGUCAGGCUCAGCCUCAGACUUCGCAGCCUACAAGUGGAGGCCUGUUUGGCAACCUGAACAAGCCUGCGACAACGGCGCCUACGAGCGGAGGCCUCUUCGGCGGCGCAUUAGGCGGAACCGCACAGGGCCAGCCCCAAAGCACACCCCAAUCCGGUGGCCUCUUCGGCGGCGCUCAGUCAAAGCCAUCACUGUUCGCCUCGUCCACACAGCAGACAACAACACCCUCCUUGUUCGGGAACAACGCCUCCACCCAGCAAAAUCAAACAUCGGCCCCUUCGCUCUUCGGUUCGACUCAACAGCAAGCUCAGCCCCAGCAGCAGAAUACUUUGUUCGGUGGCAGCAUGAACACACAGAACAGGUCGAAUACGCUCGGUGGCUCUACUCUGGGAGGAAAUCAGAUGAAUUCAAGCGCACAGCCCGUUCAGAUGACCCUCGACUCGAUACGAGGAACCACGCGUUUCAACGACCUGCACCCCGAACUGCAAAACAUCAUCCAGCAGUUCGACGAGGGCAUCCAGCGCAAGGUCAACUUCUGUAGUCAGAUUCGCGAGGCCCUCCCUGGCAGCGAGAAAGAGAUUGACACCAUCGCGCCUGACGUGGCCUACAUCGAGACGUUCCUUUCCACCGUUGAAGUCGGCCUGGACAACGAUUCCGCCAACAUUGCGCACCUGAAAAGUCUCGUUAAGAAGGAUGCCGACGACGCGACCCUCAGCUUCCGUGCCAUUGAGAACCAGCGACUACCGGCGCAGUUCCACUACCGCAACAACGCCAACCUCACAGCGUCAAGCGCAAAGACUCCUGCGGCCAGUGCUCUGGACGAUGACGAUCCGACCAAGCCUGUCGACCUCAUGGGUUACUUCAACCGCCGCACCGAUGAGCUCGGCCGUACUCUAGACGUUUACCAGCGCCAGAUUCGCGAGAUCGAGACCCACCUGCGAACGAUGGAGGCCGGCACCGUGGAGAAGGCUCAGCAAUUGACCGGCAGUCGAAGCGCACCACGCGAUCAGCGUCGUGAGCUGGUCGAAGCGCUCAAAGCCAUUGAGGGUGCCAUUCUCGACUCGGCGAAGAAGGUGGGACAGGUCAGGGACGAAGUAACGAAGCAGACGUUGGGAAAUGUCGGUGCCGCCCUGCUCUAA